CACGCACCCUAGACUCUUUUUUUUUUUUUUUAAUUUAUUUUUUCCUUCUAAUUUCUACUUCUCUCCCCAGAGGAAGCACAGUCACAGUCUCAGGAGAUUUGUGACUAUUUUCCCAUCUGGGGAUCAAUUGAUCUUCGAAAUUUGAGAUAGUGUUGAUUAGGUUUUUGGAGCCAUGGUGAAGGAGACGGAAUAUUACGAUAUUUUGGGUGUGAGUGAAACUGCAUCUGCUGCUGAGAUAAAGAAGGCCUAUUAUCUCAAGGCAAGGUUGGUACACCCGGAUAAAAAUCCUGGAGAUCCGAAAGCUGCUCAUAAUUUCCAGGUCCUUGGGGAGGCGUAUCAAGUCCUAAGUGAUCCUGCGAAACGCGAGGCGUACGACAAAUAUGGAAAGGAAGGCCUUCCCCAGGAUAACUUGGUAGAUCCUUCAGCUGUUUUCGGAAUGUUAUUCGGAAGUGAAUACUUUGAAGAUUAUGUUGGUCAGCUUGCUCUAGCAUCCUUAGCUUCGGUAGAGCUGGAAGAAGAUUCACAACCUCCGGGCGCUCGGAGAGUUCAAGAGAAGAUGCAGGAGUUGCAAAAAGAAAGAGAACAAAAGCUGAUUCAGAGUCUGAAAGACCGGCUUCAGCCCUACGUGGAAGGGAAGAACGAUGAAUUUGUGAAGUGGGCGAAUGCGGAGGCUCGCCGUUUGUCUCAAGCUGCUUUUGGCGAGGCUAUGCUUCAUACGAUUGGUUACAUCUACGCAAGACAAGCGGCGAGAGAGCUUGGGAAGAACAAACUUUACAUGGGUGUACCAUUUAUUGCCGAGUGGGUACGAAAUAAAGGUCACCACAUCAAAUCGCAAGUUAACGCAGCUUCAGGGGCCGUCUCAUUGAUACAGCUGCAAGAGGGGAUGAAGAAGCUCGAAGAGAGCGAAAAUAAGGAAGAGAGCUUUCUUAAGAUCGUUGAGGAGAAGAAAGAUGCAAUGAUCAACUCACUGUGGAAAAUCAAUGUGGUCGAUAUCGAAACAACUCUUUCGCAUGUCUGCCAAGCGGUUUUGAGAGAUCACACCGUUUCCAAAGACGUUUUGAAGUUACGAGCGAGGGGAUUGAAGAAGUUGGGAACGAUAUUCCAAGGUGCGAAAGGCAGUUAUCGAAGGGAAAAUAGUCUGCGAGUCGAGACCAGCACCAGCGGAGACGCUCAUGCUACAUCAUCGAAAACGUCAUAAAUAUAUGUGCGCCAUGUAAUUCUGUGAUCUCUCUUCAUCUAAGAUUUAUGGUUUUGAACGUUUUGCAAUGCUUUGGUUUCUCCAUUUUUUAACUUACUCUUAUGUAUACACUAAUGCAACUCAUGCAUCAUUGUAUGUGUCUGUUAGGGAUUAGUGUAUGAUGUAUUUGUCUCACCCUGCUAUUAUAUGCUAUUUUAUUGUUUUGAGGAAAAUAAUUUUGUGACAUCUAAGGUA